GCCGGUAUGUAGCCUGGCAUAAAUUUUAAGUACAUUUCAUGAAUAGUCAAUAACAUUAUACUGUCCAUUGAUCGCCACUUGUUUGGCAGUUGAAUUUCUUCUCAGUUCACUUGCUAGCUGGAAAUAGUUGACUAGCUAGCUUGCACCUCGCGAAGUUUGCGAGCUUAUCUCCGAUUUUUCCGCUUUGACCGAGCGAAUAUACCAAUCUCAGUGCGAGUGUAAACGGAUAUAACGAUGGCAUGCACCUUAGAAAAGGUCCUCAGUGAUGCUCGCACUUUGUUAGAACGACUCAAAGAGCACGAUACGGCAGCCGAGAGCUUAAUAGAGCAGUCAGGAGCGCUAAGCCAGAGGGUCCACGGUAUGAAGGAAGUGGGGAAUGCGCUACCGGAUAAGUACGUGGAGGAAAGCACAGAGUUUCAGGAGCUAUCGAAAUACAAGCCCCACGUCUUGCUGACCCAAGAAAACACCCAAAUCAAGGAGCUACAACAAGAGAACAGAGAGCUUUGGCUGUCUCUGGAGGAACAUCAAUAUGCACUGGAGUUGAUUAUGGGUCGAUACCGUAAGCAUAUGCUACAGCUGAUGAUGGGGAAGAAAGAGCUUGAUACCAAGCCUGUACUAAGCCUCCAUGAAGACCAUGCCAAGGAGGUGCAGAGUCAGCUGGAGCGGAUAUGUGAGAUGGGCCAGGUGAUGCGUAAAGCUGUACAGGUGGAUGACCAGCACUAUUGCUCUGUGCAAGAGAGAUUAGCCCAACUGGAGAUUGAAAAUAAAGAAUUACGAGAUCUCCUGUCAAUCAGCAAGAGUUCUUUAAGGCCACAAAGAGAAGAGGGAUGCCAACCAGACACAGAACUUGCAGCUAAACCUUCUGAAAACCAAUGAGAGGGUGGAAAGAGAGGAAAUGCGAAGGAGAGAUGGGAAUCCCUUGCUCCUAUUGGCCGAAGUGCCAGGCAAUACACAUUUUACCAUCUCAGGUCUCCUAUUUUAAGCCAUUCACUUUUUUUUUCUUUAUUCAUGAUUUGUCAAUCCUCUUUUCUAACCCAUUGCAGCAGGAUUUAACAUCCUGUUAACUAAUGAUGCACUUUUUCUUUGCAAAGUGAUCAAAUAAUAAAUCUUGUUUUCUCAGGAAAAAACAUAUCACCUCUUAGAUAUUAUUUAAUAACACAUUAGAUAAACAGCCCCAGGCAGAUUGGUAUAUAGGCUAAAAUGGCUUUGGUCUUUGACAGUCUCUUUGCCUUGAGAGUUUUCAUGGCCCCCUUCAUAUGUACCUGUAAAGUAUUUGAAAGUGAGUUUGAAUAUAAUCGUUUUACUUAGACACAUAAAAAUACUGUAACUGAUUUUUUUUUUAAUGUAGUCUCACUCUUAAAAGGCCUGUGACCACUGCUAGUCUGAAUGAUCAGUUUUACAUUAGUCUUAUUUUAUUCUGACAAAGCAGAUUCGUGGUAUGUGUAUUGUGUUGUUGGUGUUUGUCUGUGUGUAAAAAUGAUGUUUAAGGCAUUUGUUUAUCACACUUUUCUCUGUCUAUAAAUGAGAUGAU